AUGACAGACCUCCAGCGGCCCGAGGCUCCGCAGCAGAGUCCCGCUGUCUCUCCUGGCUCCGAGCGGCGACAGAUCAGCAGCCAGCCGCAGCCUGCUCCUGCCCCAGCCCCUGCCCCUGCCCCUGCAGCCACGGGCUUCUUCUCCUCCAUCUCUAACGCGGUCAAACAAACUACUGCAGCCGCCGCCGCCACCCUGUCAGAGGCCGCGGACCGGGCUGGGGUGUCGAGUAACGCCAAGAUCCUCCUGGUUAUCGAUGACCAGCAGACUGACUGGGUGAAGGUUUUCAGGGGAAGAAAAGUCCACGGCGAAUCAGACAUCAAAGUAGAACAGGCGGAAUUUUCUGAAAUAAACCUGGUUGCAAAUUCAACAGGUGUUUACAGUGUCACCAUAGACGCCAUUAGGGGUGGACACAAAGUCACUAAGACCAUUAAGCCAGAUUUUGUGCUGAUUCGCCAACAUGCCUUCAGCAUGGACAAAAACGGGGACCAUCGCAGCAUAGUGAUCGGUCUACAAUAUGCUGGCCUGCUCAGUGUCAACUCUGUACACUCUGUUUAUAAUUUUUGUGACAAACCAUGGGUCUUUGCUCAGAUGUCUAAACUACAUAAGCAAUUGGGCCCAGACGAGUUCCCGUUGAUAGAGCAGAUUUAUUAUCCCAACCACAAGGAAAUGAUUUCUUCCACACAUUUUCCCCUUGUGGUGAAGAUGGGUCACGCUCACUCAGGAAUGGGAAAGAUCAAAGUCGACAAUCAAUACGAUUUUCAAGACAUUGCCAGCAUCGUAGCACUGACCAAAACCUAUGCCACUUCUGAACCUUUCAUUGAUGCAAAAUACGAUGUUAGAAUUCAAAAGAUUGGCGAGAAUUACAAGGCAUACAUGAGGACAUCCAUUUCUGGAAACUGGAAAACCAACACUGGCUCUUCAAUGUUGGAGCAGGUGGCUAUGUCAGACAAGUACAAAAAGUGGGUUGACUCAUGUGCGGAAAUCUUUGGAGGUUUAGAUAUUUGUGCAGUUGAAGCUCUACAUGGGAAAGACGGAAAAGACUACAUCAUUGAGGUAGACGACUGUUCAAUGCCCCUUAUUGGGGAUCAGCAGGAUGAAGAUCGAGUUCAAAUAGCAGAACUUGUUGUUUUAAAGAUGAAUCAGUGUGUUCCACGAAAGUCCUCUACAAGAUCCAUUUCUCCCCAGCCAGUUUCGCAACAGCGUCAAUCACCGCAGGGUGGUCCUCAGCAGAGCCCUCCUUCUCAGCGCCCAUCUCCUCAAGGACAGCCCCCCGCUCAGCCGCUGCCUGACUCUGAGGCUGACCCUAAAGGCAGUGUGACCCAGAGGCCGGUGGCUCCCAGACAAGGCUCCAUGUCCCAGCCCCAGAAGCCGGCUCAGAGGCCCGCACAUCCCCCCAGGCAGCAGUCACAGGGGGCAGCACCGGCACGUCCUGCACCAGCCACCACCCAGCAGCCUCGACCUGCCACUCAAGGUCAGGGAGGACGACCCCCGGUCCAACAAAAGCCUCAGCCACCUCAGAAGCCAAACCAGGACUCUCCACAAAUAAAAAACCCCAGUGCCACCAGCAGUCAGCCUUAA